AUGUCGCGAAGAUUGUACCCAUUGGCAUCCCUUGAGCAGAUUCAAAAUUCUCCGUCAAGGCAGGAUGGUAUACCCGCUGAGCUCGAGGAGGACCUCCGCGCAUAUGGGUGCAAGUUAAUACACCAGGCAGGAAUCUUGCUCAAGCAGAAACAAGUUGCGGUUGCUACGGCUCAGAUUCUGUUUCAACGAUUCUGGUUCGUAACGUCUAUGAAACAGUUUGGCAUAGGUGACGUCGGCAUGGGUGCGCUCUACCUCGCAUCCAAACUCGAAGAAUGUCCCCUGCGCAUGCGCGACCUCAUCAACGUGUAUGACCUCCUCCUUCAGCGCGCAGCGCACUCCCUAAAGCCAGAGGGAAAGGAAUUCAAGUACACGCCCAUGUCGUACUUCGGCAACACAUUCUAUGACCUGAAGGACGCGCUGGUUGUGGCCGAGAUGCAGCUACUCAAGCGGCUUGGUUUUGAUGUCCACGUCGUUCUACCGUACGGCACGCUCGUGAAUUACAUGCGUCUGCUAGACCUCACCGGCCGGGAAGACGCGGUCUCCAGAGCAUGGGGUUAUCUGAACGAUGCCCUCCAAACCCCCGUGUACGCAUCAUACCCCGUUCAGACAAUAGUCAGCGCAGCGAUCCUCCUCGCUACGCGUCAUCUGGGUAUCCCGCUCCCAUCGACUCCGCCGAAUUGUUGGUGGGAUCUGUUUGAUGCUGAGUGGGAGGACGUAUGGGCUGUCUGCGGGUAUAUCAUGCGGCUAUACCGCGAGCGCAGUCUGGAGGAUCGAAGGCAGGUCAUCGGCAUGCUUACAAAGAAAGAUGUGAGGCGGUGGUUGGAGGAAAAUGCCCCUAGUUAGCUGUACACCUGGGGAAGCGGGGGCAGUCGAAUGGAGGUGCGUCCGUCUCCGUGCAAGAUAUCAUGUUUCAGUGCGAUGUAGGUCUCG